UGAUUCAGUUCAGUUCAACUCCAACCAACGAAAUGCGAUUCUUAAUAAUCGUGUCUCUCGCUUUAUGCAUUGGUUUUGCUUAUGCAGCCAGCGUUAACCGAUCAAAGCGUGAUAUCAAAGAUGAUAUGGAAAGAAUCAUCAAAGAUAUAAAAAAGAAAGGUAUUGACCAUGUUGGUGACGACAUCAAAAAAUUUGCUCAUACCUUCAAGGAUCAACUAAAGUCAUGGCAUUGUCCAAACAUCUUUGAUAUACUUAAUGCAUUGGCUAGUAAAAAAAAAUCUAAAAUUGCUAAAGUCUUGUUCGAAGCUGCUGUUUGUAAAGCACUGCAUUUGUAACUAAAGACUAAUAUAUUAUUCAAAAUAUAUUUCAAUUCUUGUACGACCCAUUUGAAAUGUUUAUCCUUAAAAUUCCAUGAAUAAAAUCUUUAUAAUUGAAUAAA